CUAUACAUAAAGGCCAAACUCAACAUUUUUCAUAAGCCUUUCGGCCUUAAUCAUCAGCUCAGCUCCCAAUUAAUUCAAAAUUGUUCGGUCUGCUUUCCAGCCAAAACUUUGAUGGAUCUUUCAUUUCCCAAAAAAUAUCUGACUCAAUAAUUUUACGUACUGUUUAAUUAUCUUGAUUGAUAUACGUACGGUCAAUAAUCUAUCUCUUCUCUGAAUUAAUUGAGUCUAUGGUCUCUAGCUUGGUGGGAUAGAAAUUAAAUGGAAGGCAAGGCAGCAGCGAGAGCUUGCGAUUAUUGUAUUGGUAAGAGGGCACGAUGGUACUGUGCGGCGGAUGACGCUUUCCUGUGCCAGGCCUGUGAUUCCUCGGUGCACUCUGCCAACCCUUUGGCCCGAAGGCACGGCAGAGUUGAGCUCAAGACUUUGUCGAUCAACGCGGCGGCGGCAGCGGCAGCGAAUAUAGAGCCGUCGUGGCACCGAGGGUUCACCCGAAAGCCUCGUACACCUCGCCACGGAAGGUACAAUAAUAAUAAUAAUAAUAAUAAUAAUAAUUCAAAACCUAAGACGACCGACGCGCCAUCGCCAGUAGUUCAUGACGUUGCCAAAACCCCUCUCCACCUCAGCAUCGUCCCGGUCCCGGAGAUGUGCAGCGACGAGAAUUAUUCCCAUGACGACGAGAAGGAGGACAACCUACUCUUGUACCGCGUCCCCAUUUUCGACCCGUUCAUGACGGAUAUCUGCACCACACUCAACUCCAGCAAUAUUACGGAUGAUGCAGCCUUUAACGAAUCCAAGUGUGCAGGAGGAGGACACAGAAAGACUAGUACUGCUACUACUAUGCCGCCUACGACUGAAAUGGAAAUGGAAAUGGAAAUGGAGCUUGCGGAGUUUGCAGCUGACGUAGAGAGCUUGCUAGGAAAAGGGCUAGAUGAUGAAGAGGAGUCGUUUGACAUGGAAGGAUUGGGGUUUUUAGGGGGUAAUGGUAAGAACGUCCUCGUCGUCGAAGAGAAAGCGUCAACCAUGAUGGAGUUUAGCCGCCGCCAUGAGAAAGUAGUAGUGAAGGUUGAAGGAGGAGAAGAAGAGGACGCACCCGCAUGCGUAGCUGAAGCUGAUGAUGAUAUUUUCAUGGCGGCUAAUGCUAAUCAUCACUACACUAGUAGUAGUAGUAGUUUAUGUUUUGAUACCCUUGAGCUAAAGUUUGAUUACGAUAAUGAUUAUUCACCAAAUAAUGAAAAAGAACAAGUAUCAACCGGCCUGGACAAGGAGAUAAAGAAGACGAUUUUGUUGAAUCUUGAUUAUGAAGGUGUUAUUUUGGCUUGGUCUGACCAGAGGUGUCCUUGGACUACUGGCCAACGCCCGGAGUUGAACUCCCAUCACGGCUGGCCUGAUUGCAUCAUGCAACGGGGAUGUGGAAGUGGAACAAUCCAUGCCGCCGCAUACGACGGAGUCGGAGACAUGGGAAUUACGUUGGGACAAGCCGCAAUAGCAGACGACGUAGGGAGAGAAGCAAGGGUAUCCAGGUACAGAGAGAAGCGACGAACCAGACUGUUUUCUAAAAAAAUAAGGUAUGAGGUGAGAAAACUGAAUGCAGAGAAGAGGCCGAGGAUGAAAGGGAGGUUUGUUAAAAGGGCCAAUUUUCCAUUGCUCGAUCAACAAAUUAAAUAGCCCGCCUGCCAGAGUACCUACACCUACAAUACGCUGCUACUUCUUUGUUUAAUUUAAUUGUUUGUGUAAUUCAGAGUUUGAAUAAGUUGUAACAAUUUUGUGAACUUGACAUAGGAUUUUUACAGGUGUCUCUUACUUUUUACUUCCAUCAA